CUGAAUAAGAGAAAAGCUGGUAAUGUAUGGAGUGUGGCGCAUCCAUGUAAGGUGCUAUUAACAUUUCUAUUGUGGUAUAACGGUCUUUUAUAUAAAGGUCAUUUCUUGCAAAGUUUGACUGUUACAUCGUGCUUAUCACCUAUUUCAUUUUUAUCAGAUUUAUUUAUUCCUAAUAAAAAAUGUAAAGCCACAAAAUGUUGGUUUUAUUUGUGAAUUUUAUGCAGGCAAUCCUGUAUGGGUGACUCAAACUCUUCUUGCCUUAAAAACAUACUGUACCCAAGGCUACCAGAAGAACACAGCCUAAUGUCUACUUUCCUACAAGUAUAUUGUUGUGGUAAGGGCUUAGUCUAAAGGCUUAGGAUAUUUUUUAAUCUGAUGAUAAUUGAGAAAAUAAAUUGAGGAAAUAGAAAUGUAUGAAAGAAAGCAAUAAAAUUAAUUUGAAAUACUUAAGACAGAAUAAUUUUACUUACACAAGGAGAAGAUUGAAAGCUAAAGUACUUAGUGUCUUUUUAAGUAGGUAAUGGUAUUAAUGUAUUUAGUUGUUUGUGGAUUGGAGAGGGUUGUUUUUUUUUGUUUUGUUAUUAAGUUCUGUGUGGUAGAAUUAUAACCAAAGUAAUGAUACUUUUAAAAUUUCAUCCUCACAUUUUAUACUCCAGCUCAUUUGGUUAGAACUAUCCAGUUUUAUGGCUUCUGCCUCAAAUAGUAACCUUGUAGUUAUUGUUGUCUCUCUUCCCAUUUGAUUGAAGUAAAAGAUUCUGACAGACUUGUUCUCCUUUGAUCUUCUCCAAGGGCUAUUUGAAGAAAUAGAAUAUUAAAUAUUUUUCGUUAUUGGAACCAUGAAAAGGGGUGAGUAAUAACCCCUCUGCACAUCCUGGUAAAGAUUACUUUUCUGUCUGGACUUUGAAAAUUUGCAGUCAAAUUCUUCAGCAAGAGAAUUCUUCAGCAUUGGCAAAAGUAAUGAGUAAAAUACUUAGUGAUGUAAUACCUUUUCUUGUCUGUUUAGUGAAUGUUGCUUUUUAACAGCACUUUGAAGCUCAGUUACCUUGCAGAGAAACAUUACUAAAGAAAGCAGUCAUUUUUAAUUCAAUACUGACCUUUUUUAUUUCUAAUUGUAAUUUUUAAUCCAAUACAAACUUAUUGUGUAGCAUAACAGUAUUCUUUUGUUCUUUGUUCACAAUUUCUGUUAACGGGAGUCCAGUUUAGGGGAGCCCAAUCACACUCAGCAAAAUGGGAAGACUUCAACAGUGGUAAAUGCUUGGGGGGGUUGCAAAAUACCUCAUGUGAUGCCUUCUAUUCUCAGCAUAGGUUAAAAUUAGAACUAGACUGACAUUGCAUUGGAGUCUGAGUGAGAGUUUUAAAUGGCUUUGGUAAUGCAGACAAGAUUCAUAAUUUAUCUCCACUCUUGUCCAGAAAGCAAUGAGCCACAGAAAAUCCUUGAAAACACUGAAUAAUUAAGAAUUUUGUUUUUCACGUCACUGUCCCCAUCUGGGACCCAUACCUGAAGUGGUGCAUUGAGCCUGAAAUUCAGUCAGAUUCCUGCAAGCAAAUCUGAACAUGUAAAGGAUCAUGGCUGAAACUGCAGUUUGCCUGGGAACAUUCUCUGCUGUGAAGACACUCUGGGAAGUGAGAAUACACAAGAUAAAUGAAGAAUUACAGAGAGAAAAGGAAUUCAGGCAGAGGUCUGCAGGAAGACUACUGCUUGUCUGGGAGGAGAGAGCUGCUUUAGCAAAGCUUAAAGAAAAAGUUAUUAAUGAAGGUGGAAGAGCAAUUUUAAGGAUAGAGGAAGAAGAAUGGAAGACAUUACCUUCGUGCUUAUUGAAACUAAUCCAUCUCCAGGAAUGGCAGCUUCACAGAACUAGUUUGCAGAAAAUUCCUCAGUUUAUUGGAAGAUUUCACAGCCUUGUUGUUCUGGAUCUAUCCCGGAACUCAAUUGAAAGUGUACCUAAAGAAAUUGGCCAGCUGACCAGCCUCCAAGAGCUGCUUCUCAGUUACAACAGAAUAAAAUCUGUUCCUAAGGAAAUAAGUAACUGCAUCAGUCUGGAAAGAUUGGAACUGGCUGUCAACAGAAGUAUCUGUGAUCUUCCUCCUCAGCUCAGUGAUUUAAAGAAGCUGUCACACAUAGAUCUGUGCAUGAAUCAGUUUACUGCCAUCCCUUCAGCUCUCCUCAACAUGCCAAAUCUUGAAUGGUUAGAUAUGGGGGGAAACAAACUCCAGGAGCUUCCUGACACAAUUGACAGAAUGGAAAACCUCCACACUUUAUGGCUCCAAAGGAAUGAAAUAAACUCUUUGCCAGAAACCAUUGGUAAUAUGAAAAAUCUAAGUACUCUUGUUCUUAGCAACAACAAACUUAAGAAUAUUCCAGCUUGUAUGAAGGACAUGACAAAUCUGAGAUUUGUCAACUUCAGAGACAACCCACUGGAGCUAGAGGUAACACUCCCUCCAUGUGAGAACACAGACGAGGAGGAGCAACAGGAAAUGUUUGGCAUUGACUUCAUGCACAUGUAUAUCCAGGAAUCACUCAAGAAAACAGGAAAUGUGGAAAGUUGUACUUCUGGUUCUCCUCCGGUCAUGAAUCCUAAUGAAUAAAGAAUGCAACUGUGAAUGGAAGAAAAUUAUCAACUACACUUCUUCACAGCAAAGAGGCUACAACAGGUUUCAAAUAUUCUUAGGGAUUUUAUUUUUCCACUGAUGAGAACUGGUUUGCAUAUUUGCAAUUCCCAGUGAAACUGGAAAAUAUAAGACCUUUUCAUGGGUACAGGAAAGAUGAUACAAGUUUUUUUUUGUAAGAGAUGAAGUAGCUUUAAAAAAAAAAACCCAAUGAGUUUUAUAGGGUUUGGUUUUUUUCCCUACCAAUUCCAAAUCUAUCUCCUGUCAUAUAGUUGGCUCUGGUAUCAAAGAAGCAUUUGGGACAGCUGUCAACAGGACAUUCUCCAAGGAAACAGCAGACUCUGUGUAAUACUGCAGUGCAGCCUUGUAUCCUUGCUGUUGUAAAUACUCAAUGCGCCCGUGAUCAAUCAGCCGUUUGCAGAGGCAGCCGAUCUCCUUCCGCUCCUCGACGCUCAGCACCCUGGUUCCAGACAGAGGAAGGAAGGAAUGAACAGCUGGCACAAAGCAGUUCUGGUAAUUAACAUUAGUAGUUAAGCUUAGAAGAACUACUGAAAUAAUUUUAAGUUCAUUUCGGUCAGGUAAGCAUGACUGUUGAAAUAUUUUGAAAUGUACGUCCAUGAAAAUCAUAUCUUUAAAGUAAAAUAGUCUAUAAGUUUACUAAUUAAAUGUUUUUGCAAAAUUAGUCCUUUUGAGGACCCAAAGCAAUUUAAUGUGCCACUAUAUAUAGCUUUUCUGCUGGAAUCCAUUUGCUAGGAAAAAAAAUGUACAUACCCUUGUAAAGUAUCAGAACCACUUGCUGUCCUGCUGAGCGUGUGCUCGUGUUCUUCUGUGUCAUUAGUCUGAUCUUCACUGACUUCACUUGUAGAAGCUUUGCUUGUGGUUUCUUGCAUGCCACAAGUGGCCCAACUACUCAUUCUCUGAAAAUAAUGGAAUUCUACUGGUCCCAGUCCUACUGAUUUAAAGAACUCUCUGCCUACAUAAUGUGUCCAGUCACACUUGUGAUGGCAACAGAGAGCAAUAACAAUUCCAGCUACAGGCUUAUGGUCUUCUGUGGUGCUGUCAUUACCAGCAGAUUUGUGAGGAGCCACCUCUGUCUGAGCAGCCCUGCAGCGUUUUGGUGCAGGCUCUUCAUCUUCUCCACCACAGCAAGUGGUGUAACUUUCAAGCAAGCAUCUCAAAGCAAGAUCUGGGAAUGAACAAAUACAUCCCCCCCAACAAAAAAUAUCCAUAAACACCAUGCCAUUAUUUAUACAUCAUGGUUAAUAAUGUGCUUCCCACAAAGAAAAAUAAAAUUACACAUCACAAACUAAGCCAAAAAGCAAGUUCAAUGAUAACUAAAAAUCACAAACAUGCUUUGAAAACAUGUCGUACUCUACCUAGUAGCCAUAUAACAUUAGAAGAAUUGUAUUAGUUUAAAGUUAUCAGAACAGAAACACAACCUUAUUUGUGUUUGGGAUACAUAUUCAGACAGCCAAUAAAAUUUUAGAAACAAAAUUGUUUCAAAGAAGAGGCAACUGUGCUAAAAAAUUAUUCUCAAAUACACGACCCAUGCCACCACACACUGUUCUCUGUUCUAAUCUGUUGAAGCCAAGAAGUGCUUCACUUCUGCCUAAAGCAUCCUUACAUCUCCUCCUUUUACUAUUCCACCGAGUCAAGAGAUACUUAGAAUAUAAUUACUGUGUUCACCAAAAAAGGGUUAGAGGGCAAGAACAGCUUAAAAGGAUGAUUUGGAAGAUCAGUGUAUUCAGAGUGUAAGGUCUAUAUCUUGACUUUCUGCAGUUCACACAUCUGUAAUUCAUACCUGUUGCAGCACCACACAAAUGCUUUCCAAUUCCUACCACUGGUAGUUUUUUCUUCUCCAAAAUAGGUACCUUAUCUGGAGGGAAAAAAAACAAACCAACAAACCCCCAUCCAAUCCACAAUGUCCCCAGCGCCUCUGUUUUUUCAGAAUAUAAUAUCAGCACACUUAGAAAUAAAUGUUUGCCACUACUAAAAACACAUUGAUUUGCACAUUUUGUUAAGACAAACGAAAAGAAUAAGAUGCAGUGGCUGGGAAGCACAUUUAACCAUUUCAGCCUUUCUAUACUGCCUAUGAAAUGUAAAUAUGACAUUAAUGCAUCUCCUGCUGACAGGUGCUCCCACAAAUUCUGCAUCAUUGAUGGUGCAUCACUUGCUUAAUUCUACACAUAAAACAAACAAUGCAAACAUGUUUAAUUCUGCAAGUGCUAAAAAACCUUCAAAAUGUAUUUGUUUUGGUGCUUUCGCACCUAUAAUGAUGUCCUAUGAGUGUAUAAAAAGUAGAAAACUUUAAAAGUCCAUUUAAAAUACAUGUUUAUGUGUAUUUAUGUAUAUUCACACAUGGCUGUGUGUAUAUAUGUGUAUACAUACAGCAUCAACAUGUCCAAGCAACCACUGAGAAUAAUUUUCAGAACCAAGUACAUGUAAGCACGUUACACACAAACUGCUUGGAACCCCAAUUCAAAAUUUAAAAAUAAUGACACAGAAUGACACAGGCCAAGAAGGAACUUACUUAAACAUAAGUGCUGAAUGUCCACUUGAAGCCUCUCAAAUACAGAAUCUCUCCUUUUGUGUUUUCCAUCCACCUGUUUAAACAGAACAAGAGAUUGCAUAGGGCUGGCCACUAAUAACUAUAAUUUUGCUCCAGGUAUUAAUGCCAGACUUUUUUCUUGUCAAAUCUACAUCUGUGAAUUUCCAACAUUAAACAUCAAGAUUUUUUCCUAAUAAAUUUGCUAUUGGUGAAGUAUGGAAUGUAUAACUUGUAAAAUUUAAAUGUACUGAGGAUAAAAAAGAAAUACUAACAGCUGCAAUGGCAAUGGUUUAAGAAUUAUACUUUACUAAUGUAACAAUAUCCUCUUACCUUGAAUCUUGUGGUUGCCCUUUCCACAAGCAAAAACUGAACAUUUUCAACGUUCUCUAAGGCAAUAUCAACCCAAUGAGACAGCUUUCCUCGCCCAGCUCCAAACUCAACAAAACACCUUCCUGGACCAAGUAAAUGCAAUUGUUCCAUGUUACCUAAAAUUGAAGCCUACAGACAUCAAAAGAUUAUUUGUGAACCAAGAAAAUAUAUGCCCUGUGUUUUGUAAUGCCUUACAGAAAAAUUAUUCUUUCACCAAACUGCAGAAGACUUUUUUAAAUCCUCCUUUCAGUGAGGGAUUAGGGAAAGGAUGAUGUGUGUACAGAGGAAAGGGAUUAUAUCUUCUGUUUUACCAUAUCACAUUUCCUCUGUGGGAAGCAACUGGAAUUAUGCACCCAGUCACCUAAAUAUACAGCAGCAGAAUUCCAUGUCCAAACUCUAUAGUUAUUAGUAAAUCAGACCAAACCUGUUGUUUCAGGUGUUUGAAAGCAGAUUCCCCAUUCUUUGGGUCACUUAAGGCUUCUAGUAAAGCCUGGUGGGACAGUAUUUGUUCCUUAAGAUGGAGUUCCAGGCCUGAAGGCAAAUGCAAAACUUUUAGGUAUAGCUUUUGAGUUUCCACGGGUUCCUAGUUUGUAACACACAUUAUUACAAUUGUGACAUGAGCUCAGUUUGUAGCACUAACAAAGCAGUCUGCUGGGAGUGUAAAGCUAUCUUCAUAUGUUUAUAACAGAGCUGUAUUGUUAUCUG